CUUGGCCAGAGACUCUUCUACUUGGGAGUCAUUUGUGCCCUACCUGUUGGGGGAGCUGGGAACCAAGUGAUGAAAAGUGCCAGGCGCUUGCCUAUGUCCUGGCCUGUGGCUGAGAAGUGCUGGUGGGAAGCGGCCAUGGAGAGGAAGGGUCCAGCAGGGAGUGCUUGCGAAGCUAAAACUGCCUCCUUUCAGGACGCUGUGCGCAUGCUCAACACCCUGCAGACCAAUGCCAGCUACCUGGAGCAGGUAAAGCGUCAGCGCAGUGACCCUCAGGCGCAGCUGGAAGCCAUGGAGACCUACCUGGCACGGAGCGGGCUGCAGGUGGAGGACUUGAACCAGCUAAACAUUAUCCAUGUCACUGGGACCAAAGGAAAGGGCUCCACCUGUGCCUUCACUGAGCGCAUCCUGCGGAACUACGGCCUGAAGACAGGCUUCUUUAGCUCUCCCCACCUGGUGCAGGUGCGGGAGCGGAUUCGAAUCAACGGGAAGCCCAUCAGCCCCGAGCUGUUUACCAAGCACUUCUGGCACCUCUAUCACCAGCUGGAACAAUUCAAGGAUGGUAGCCACGUUUCCAUGCCUGCUUACUUCCGCUUCCUCACACUCAUGGCCUUCCACGUCUUCCUCCAAGAGAAGGUGGACCUGGCAGUAGUGGAAGUGGGCAUUGGUGGGGCUUUUGACUGCACCAACAUCAUCAGAAAGCCAGUGGUGUGUGGCGUGUCCUCUCUUGGCCUUGACCACACCAGCCUCCUAGGAGAUACGGUGGAGAAAAUAGCAUGGCAGAAAGGGGGCAUCUUUAAGCCUGGCGUCCCUGCCUUCACUGUACUACAGCCAGAAGGUCCCCUGGCCGUGCUGAGGGAUCGAGCCCAGCAGAUCUCAUGCCCUCUGUUCCUGUGUCCCCCUUUGGAAGCCCUGGAGGACGGCGGACUGCCGUUGACCCUGGGGCUGGAGGGAGAGCACCAGAGGUCCAAUGCAGCCUUAGCCUUGCAGCUGGCCCACUGUUGGCUGGAGCAACAGGACCACCAGGACGUCCGGGAGCUGAAGGUGUCUGGGCCAAGCAUACGGUGGCAGCUGCCCCUGGCACCUGUGUUCCAUCCCACCUCCCACAUGAGACACGGGCUUCGGGACACGGAGUGGCCUGGCCGGACACAGGUGCUGCGGCGGGGACCCCUUACCUGGUACCUGGAUGGCGCGCAUACCACCAGCAGUGUGCAGGCCUGUGUGCGCUGGUAUUGCCAGUCAUUGCAGCACGGCGAACGCCCCAGUGGAGGCCCUGAAGUACAUGUCUUGCUCUUCAAUUCCACUGGGGACAGGGACUCUGCUGCCUUGCUGAAAUUGCUACAGCCCUGCCAGUUUGACUACGCCGUGUUCUGCCCCAACCUGACAGAGGUUUCGCCCACAGAGAACGCAGACCAGCAGAACUUCACAGUGACUCUGGACCAGGUGCUACUCCGCUGCCUCCAACACCAGCAGCAUUGGAGCCGCCUGGGCGACAAACAGGCCAGCCCGGACCUCUGGAGCAGCGCCAGCUCACAGCCUAGUGGGCCAGGCUCCCUGCUGCUGGCCCCGCACCAGCCUCAGCCUACCAGCGGGAGCUCCCUUGUUUUCAGCUGUAUCUCCCAUGCCUUGCAGUGGAUCAGCCAGGGCCGGGAUCCUAUCUUUCAGCCUCCGAGCUCUCCAAGGAGCCUCCUCACCCAUCCCACGGCCAGCAGUGGGGCCAGCGUUCUCCGUGAGGCCGCUGCCAUCCAUGUCCUGGUGACCGGAAGCCUGCACCUGGUGGGUGGAGUUCUGAAGCUGCUGGAGCCUUCCCUGUCCCAGUAGCCAAGGCCGGACCGUCCCACACCUGCCCUGCCUUUUUCACAGACUUCCAUACUCAGUGCCUUUUGAUUUCUGCUUUCAGAUUCUUUUGAGACUGGCCCAGGGUCCUCUGUGCCUUGGCCUCUCCUUCCUCUGGCAUAGAUAGCAGGGGCUUCCCAGCACUGAAGCAAGCUUUCAGCCCAACCCAUCUCCCUACCCUCCCUGCUGCUGGCUCAGGUCCAGCCUAUUGUGCGAGUUGCCUGACCAGCCUAUGAUCCCACCUGAGGUUAGGCCAGAGACUUCCUCCUCCCUCCCAGUGCCCUCUGGGAAGAGAAAGGGCCCUUGCCUGGGCAUUUGGGGACUGUGGGCUGUCGGAACUAAUCGAAGCUUUUAAUCCUUUCUAUUUUUUAAUUUUU